CCAUGGUGGGUUCAGCUUCAUCCCCUCCCCCCCUCGUCUGCAGUGCUGACGCAUCUGCUGCUUGUGCAUCAAUCAACAGCCUCUGUGUCGGCAAAUAUCACGCUAGUAUCAGAACUGUUUUACUCCAAGCAUUCAGUUGCCAUGCUCACUGAAAUUGCGAGUGAAAACAUUAAGAGCCAGUAGUUCUUUGCUUGCAGUGAUACAAAUUAGGACAACUGUGCCGCCAUCUUCUCUCCGGUUCUGCAUUACCAACCGCUGCCUCUGUGUAGGCGAAGAAGGGCUUGUGUGUAAUAUAUUGCUGCACGGGGUGAGACUGUGUAUUAAAUAGCCAAAUGCAUUCUUAUUUUUGGUCAGCAUAACGAUACAGCUGUAUAGCUAGUGUGGUGCUCUGGGGGAUUAAUGAGGCAUAUAUGUAUAGCAGAGGACUCCUGCUUCCAGUAAUGUAUUUGCUCUACCUUGUAUCGGGCGCAGAGCUUGUGUGAUGUAGCACUCAGCCGUGCUCAAUUCUCGACAACCCCUCUGCCAUGCAUGAUAAAAGUUGCAGUUUCCUGCAAAGAAUGUGUCUGUUGCCCAGCUAGCACAAAGGCGAGCCCAUCCUCCAGUAUAGCUACAUGCUGUGGAAGGACAGAAGAGGGAUAGCCAGAGCAGAGAAAAGCAGAUCACAUCCAGUUUUGGACUUGGGCUGCACAGAUAGAGGCGAACGACAAGGAAGCUGGAAUCACCAGCACACAGAAAUGGAGAGGAGCAAAAUUGCCUGAAAACACUCUGCUUGUGACAGCACUGCUGUUCACCGACCAUAAAAAUAAGACUUCAGUCUUAUUCUCGCUGAACAGUUUCUUCUCGUAAAGUAGGUUUGAGAUGUAUAGAAAAGGGACACUGUGUUGCCCUCCAUUUUGUCUAACUUGCUAAGAUGGCUGCGAUUUGUUGCUUCAAUUAGAACAUGAUGGAUAGUUUUCACUCUCACACCGUGCUCAGCAAGCUCAAUGAGCAGCGCUCACAAGGCCUUUUCUGUGAUGUGACUAUUGUAGUGGAGGAUGUGAAGUUCCGUGCCCACAAGAACAUCCUGGCAGCUUGCAGUGGCUAUUUCAAGAAUGUUCUGACAAAUGAGACAUGGAGUUCUAGCCGCGUACUGGAACUGAUGGACCUUAAGUCUGAAGUUUUUGCCUGCGUCCUCAACUUUAUCUAUUCUUCAAAGGUGACAUUGCCUUGCGUCGAGGACAACAAGGAUCUAAUAGCAGCAGGGAAAAGACUUGGUAUUUCCUUUUUGGAGAAGCUUGCAGGGCACGAGAAACGGAACAAGAAUCUAAACCGACCAGACUGUGUUAAACCCACAGACUGGAGCACAGCUAGUGUGCUUAAAAAAAACAAGGAGGCGGCCACCAGAACUGAGGAGAUUGAUGGCGCUAGAGGACCACGAAUCACCAAUGCCUUCUCCAUAACUGAGGUAUGUCCUGGGAACAAUCCGUUCACCCCACUGGAAGAGGGUAGGCAGUCACCGGAUGAGGGGCAGCUUCCAGCAAGUUGCCCAACAUCCUCCUGCCUUGAUGGGAUCAAGGAACAUUCCCACACCUUCUUAGACCACUCAUAUGCUGUGAACCAAGUAACUGAAGAAAAAGGUCAGACGAGUCAAUGGGACAACGAGAAGGUGUCUAAGUCAGCACCAUUACAGCCAAAGCAAACUACUUACCGGAAUUCAGGCCCACUCAAAAAGCGUCACAGGCUUAGAGGUGCUGUGUUUCGAAAUCAAUUUUUAACAAAUACUGAACCACACACAGAAAAAAAUACUUUAACCCCAAUAUUAGCUGUGGGGGCGACUUUAGCACCUCCCCGCCUUCCGCAAAAUGAACAAGACAAGCUCAGAGAUGCAGUGAAUCCUUUGGCCAACAGCCAUGUCCAUACAGCGUCAAGUCCUUCAACUCUACUCCCUCACACAGAGGACAGCAUCGCAAUCUAUGGAUGUAAACAUUGUCCAGAGAUAUUUAGAAAUGAAUCUCUCCUUGCUAUUCACUCCAAGGUACAUAAAAGGUGUUCUGAUGGUCACUUCCUUUGCAAAUUUUGUGACAAAAAAUUUAUACAUCUGAAACGGCUGCGCAACCAUGAGCAGAAUUGUCCUAAGGCUUGGAGGGGAAAGCCUAAACAAUAUUCCAGUGACGUAGAUGUCAAAGAGGAGGACCUCAAUUCAGGUAGCAUGUUGAGCGAGGAAACCACCAAAACACAGUUUCCUCCUGUUGACCACCCAAUGACUGGCCCCCUUCUUGUACAUCAAUUAGAGCACCCAAAAGAUGAGAAUAAAAAAAGCUCAAGUGGCAUUCAGAGAAGAUACAACUGCAGUGUAUGUAAACGGGUGUAUAUAACACUUUCCAGUCUGAAGCGGCAUGAGAAUGUACAUUCCUGGCAGAGGGCUUAUCCCUGUCAUUACUGUAAUAAAGUGUUUGCAUUGGCAGAGUACCGUACGAAGCAUGAAAUCUGGCAUACAGGCGAACGCCGCUAUCAGUGCAUUUUCUGCCUGGAAACAUUCAUGACAUAUUAUAUCUUAAAAAACCAUCAGAAGUCUUUUCAUGGGAUUGACCCCACACUAUCCAUUAAACGAAAAUCUGCCAACGGUGGUCUGAAAGCCAGUGUUUAUCCAAUCAAGCUCUAUAGGCUUCUGCCUAUGAAAUUUAGAAAAAGACGAUACAAGACAUACAGUCAGACAUAUUCGGAGGGUGAUGAAACAGAUUUUCAAUUGCCACUUGACAGCAAUCCUCUCUGCCCUCAGUUUGAGGGAAAUAGUGUGAGCGGCUGUCCCAAUGGUGGUUCACUGCCAUUGACAUUCAUGGCAACAACAAAGAUGGUGGCUCCCAUCAUGCCUCGCAUCAGCUUUGACAAGCCCUGUAAUACAGAUAUUGACCAAAGUUUGCACCACAAUUAUCACCAGAGAGCAACGGGAAAAGACGCUGAGCAUAGUUCACCUUUUAUUAACUUUGACUGCACAGUCCCUUUGCAAUCUGACCCAGCAUCUUCCUCUGUGGAUAAUAAAGGUAACCCUCUAGAGCUAAUCAACUCACAUCACAUAAAUCAAAAUGUGACAUUCCUAAACUCGCUGAACACUGUUGAAAAGCUCAGUGAGUUAUCUGCUUCUGCGAAAAAAGUUGAGAAAAUGACUAAGGAAAUGCUUCAGUCAAAUAGUGAGACAUUUAAUCUCGAUAAAACAGUGGGGGCAAAGACAGAAACCUACAUUGCCAAACCUGUAUGCCCGGGUCCAUCGGCAGAUGGAGAUGCAAUACCACUAUGCCAGAUAACUGUGAAAAUAGGUGAUGAAGCCAUCAUCCGCCGCAGAAUCAAAGGGUCCAAGCUCUUCCCAAGAAGGAAAAAGAAGAUAAGAAAAUUGGGGGAGGUGGAGAGCCCAAGUCAACUCCAUCCAGAUGACAAGUUGGAGAUCCCCAGGCUCCGCUUCAGACCAGACAUUUCAGGUUUAAUAUCUGAGACAUAUGAAGGUCCCAACGAUUGUGACAUGGCUGACGAGCUUUGGCGACCCUAUUCAUACAAAGCUAAAAAGAAGAAAAAGAAGCUGAGAUUCAAGCACAGACAAGCUUUGUUUCACAAUUACAAUGAGACAGUUAGAAGUGACACUGGUGCCAGUGAGGCUCGAUUGGACAGUUGGCAGACAGGAGACAGUAUCUCAGGUGGGGGGGAUGUAAAACAUAGUCUCAGGAGUUGUAGCCCAAGGACAACCUACAACUGUGAAAUUUGCGACAGCUCUUUUAUCACUGAGACAGGUUUAAGAGCACACAUUAUUGGUUCUCACCCAUAUUUCUGUCGCACUUGUGGUAAACAAGGUCCCCCAGGAGAGACACCUAGCGGCAAUGAUUACAUUUGCAACAGUUGUAUGGAAAAUGGCUCCUGCUUUGAUAGUUCAACCUGGAGCCCCAAACCAGAGAAAAAGUUUCACUGUUCCUUCUGUCCCCAGCGGUUUCUGUACCUUGCCACCAAGAGAAGCCAUGAGAAAAAACACCAGGAGAAAAGUGGAGAGAGUUACACCACUCAACCAUGUUUGGAAUAUUUGGAUAACUUAAGUGAGGAAAACAAAAAAGACUGCAUCAAAACAGAGGAGGAUGACAAUCAAGAAGAAGGUUCUGGUGUCCAAUGUGAGGAAGGAGUACAGUUCCACAUUAAGAAGCCUAAAACUGAGGAUACCACAGAGUUGACUUUGACUCCACAUCAGGACAUUACAUACACGCACAUUAAAAGUUCAUCACCCCAGACUGAGCCACUGUUCACUGCAACUUCACCCUCAAAAAUGAAACAUAAAAUGAAAAGAAUUAUCAAUCCACCACAUUCUUUAGAUCUGUCUUUUAAACCACAAGCUCAAAAGAGAGAUGCUAAUAGAUACAAGGACAGUUUGGAAGUAAGCAGCGUAAAUGAUCACGAGAAGUCCUGCAAAUCAUCAAGGAAGAAUGCCUUGGACUUAAAAGACGGCCACAUUUCUGCAAACAAGCCAGAGAAAUUGAUGUGUAAAGACAAAACAUUUUUCUAAAGCCCUUUAAGCAUUGAAGCCUGCAAAGGUGUGUGUGUGUGUGUGUGUGUGUGUGUGUGCGCGCGUGUGUGUAUAUAUGAGAGAGAGAAUUGUAGUUACUGCUGUGAGUAGUAAAUGUACUAAAGUUGUAAUGUAAUUGCAGCAGAGCUGAACAAAAGAACUUCCAAAAACACACUGAAUAUAAAGGUCUAAUGUCUGCUGGAAUUUUAUCCUAUUGUCAACAGGAGUGACUCUAAUUUAUAUACUAUGACCUUGUGUCAUAGACUUAAUUUUAUUGUCUAUGCAUCACUUGCAAAGCAGAUUAUGUGAGUUGGCUGGUUGAGCCAAAAAAAAGGUUUGUCGAAAGUAGGUUGAAAUCGUGUUUUUCAAAGGUUUGUUUUUUCUGAAGCUGAAUUGGAUGCAUUUUAAAAUUGAGGGCAAUGUGUAUAUGGGAACAACAAAACAAGCUUUGUUGAAUUUCUUGGACUCCAAUGCCACUGUAAUUGAACAUAGUGGGUUGCACUUUAUACUCAUAUUUCUUUUACAAAAAUUUAGUUACAGAUUGAUGGAAUAUGUAAUCCUUUUAGUUUUGAACACCGCACCGUUAAGUCCCUACUUUGUUGUGUAUGAUAUAUACAGUAUAUAAACCAUGUAAAAUUAUUUAAAUAAAAUAUCAUUCAUGUACUAAACAGUUAUAUCCUGUUUUUUG